AUGACUACCAGCAAGAUACCAAACCUGCUACUGGGCGUUCUCUGGAGCGCUCUGGGUACCGUCUCAGGGAUGAUCGCCUGGUACCCCACCUCGGUUAACGAUACCACCCUUGCAGCGGCGAAGUCGACGGUAGUGAGCGAUAUCCAGGACCUGACCUGUGCCAUUAAAGCGACCCAAACGCCCUGGUGUGAGGUGUUCUGCUUCGAAGGGAGUCGGUGUUCUCUCUACAACGUUACUGUGGCUGGCUAUCACGACGACUCUGCUGUGGCACCUGCGACACCCUGCUACACGAGAAACAGCUGCGUUUUCAAUGGCAUUGGUUACCAACACGAUGAAGACUUCGUGGGCGACUGCACACCCAUGAAAUGCUGGGAACAGACGGCCAUCAGCACCUCUCCGCCAGGUCCCCCGUCCUGCGUCGCCCCCUUCACCGCCGUGCCCAACGUCGGCUGCGUCUACUACCACAAUCUUACGAUGACCUGGUGCGACGCCAGACUCUAUUGCAAGGACCUCGGCGCCGACCUCCCCGUUCCUACUAAUGUGACAGCUUUAAAUGUCUGGGCGACGUCCUACGGGGAACGUAUGGAAGUUUGGAUUGGCAUAAGAUCCAGGACUUGGUUGGAUGGCACUCCUGUGACAGAAUGGGGUGCCAGACAACCCGAUGGCGCGGCUGACGAGUGUGGCAUGACGACCUACUUGUAUGUGGAUGGUGUGGAUGACAGGAGUUGUGGAUACCUUUCUGGAUUCGUCUGCGAGCUGAAUUUCUAGUUUGAGGGAGAUUUUGAAGCUCUUUUGAGAGAGA